AUGAACGAUGAGAAAUACUUCACAUUUGCUAACCCGGAAAUUCCUGGCAAUAGUGGAUUUUAUACAGAUAAUUUUAAUGAUUGUCCUGAUAAUGUGAAAUUUGAAGCGAAGGCAAAGUUUGAGGAUAAAAUCAUGGUGUGGUGUGCAAUUUCAGAAGCAGGCGUUUCUAGACCGUAUGUGGGUCGUGUUAGAGGUCAGGCGGUUGAUGCUAAUGUUUAUACACAAAAUUGUCUUCCAAAAUUACUAAAUUUUAUUAAUUUAUAUCAUGCUAACGACGAAAUAAUGUUUUGGCCUGACCUAGCUUCAUGUCACUAUACCCAUGCAACAAGACAGUGGUUAGAGGCAAACCACAUACCAUUUGUGCCCCGUGAAGACAACCCUCCUAACGUACUCCAGGCUAGACCGAUCGAAAGUUUUUGGGCAUUACUUACAAGAAAGAUAUACGACAAUGGAUGGGAAGCCCAAAAUCAGGAUCAAUUGAGGAGAAGAAUCUAUCAGAAGGUACGCGAAGUAGACUUGGAAGCUUGCCAAGCGCUUAUGAGGCAACUCAGAACGAAACUGCGCCGCAUAAGAGAACACGGGCCACUAUCUCUAUUAAUUAUAAGUUUUAAAGCUUACAUUAUAUUAAGUAUUGUAGUAAUAAAUAGUUUUAAUAAAACUUUCUUAAACCACAGUAUUGUGCAUUCAAUUUUAUUCCGAAAACUUUAG